GUCACCAGGAGAGAGGGACGGAGGCGUCAUGGCGGCGGACUGUGUGAGCAAGGUGAUAUUUGAACAUGAAGGAGUCUUCAUCCAUCCAGGCAGCGAUGAAGACGGCAUCGAGCAGGAUAUACUAAUUUCAGGGUCGCUGCGGAUUGUUGAGAAGGAUGCUGAAGUGUUUGUGGAGUACAGACCGCUGGAAGAUUCAGUCGACCCGUCAAACAUGUUGUGUGCCGGAAAGGACUCCAGCUCAGUCAUGGAGUGGGACCAGUGUUCAGAGAAGUCCCAGCAGCUGUUAGAGUCUCAGCAGAGCUACGAGACCGAGUGGGACAUGAUCAACGCUGUGUCCUUCAGGAAAAAGACCUGCAGCAACGGAGACGGCUCUCUGAACCACAGCAGCAGUGAGCGGAGCCGAUGGGCAUUUAGCUUCAGCGUCAGUGAACUCCGAUCUAUCAGAGUGAGGGAGGAGGGCUGGACUGUCCUGCUGCUCAGACUGAAGGAGUCCAGCUCCUCCUGCUCCUCCCCGCCCACUCUGCACUUCCACCAGGGCGGCAGCAGAGAGUUCAUGGACAGCCUGAGGAGGUUCGCUCUGCUCAGCGAGGCUCCAGAAGAUGAAGCAUGUCUGUUGGUCAGCACUCCAAACAAAGCUCUGUCUCAGUCCUUCGAGAACCUGCUGGACGACAACAACUUCGGCCUCGUGCAUCAGAAGUUCAGGAAGGACCCGUAUGUCACCACACUGGGCGGCUUCUCCAAAGUCACCAACUACAUCUUCGACGCUUUCCGAGGGACAGAAGAGCAGCACCAGCGCCCCCCGGAGGAGGUGGCCGACCUGCUGGGAGAGGUCAUCCCUGGGCUGGAGAUCAACCAGCAGGAGGAGCCGGGCUUCGAGGUCAUCACCAGGAUGGACCUGGGGACGCGUCCUCAGGUAAUCAGAAGGGAGCCUCUGUCAGUGGAGGACUGGACCAAACACCAGGAUCCAGAGGGGAGGAUGAUCAACAUCCCACUGCUCAAACAGCUCGUCUUCAAAGGAGGACUGUGUCACGCAGUGAGAAAAGAAGCAUGGAAGUUCCUCUUGGGAUAUUUUCCGUGGGACAGCACGCUGGAGGAGAGGAAAGUCCUGCAGAGAGCCAAGACUGAUGAGUACUUCAGGAUGAAGCUGCAGUGGAAAUCGGUCAGUGAGGAGCAGGAGAGGAGGAACUCCAGACUGAGAGACCACAGGAGCCUGAUAGAGAAAGACGUGAACAGAACCGACAGAACCAACAGAUUCUAUGAAGGCAUCGAUAACCCGGGUCUGGUUCUGCUGCACGACAUCCUGAUGACCUACUGCAUGUUCGACUUCGACCUGGGGUACGUUCAGGGUAUGAGCGACCUGCUGUCUCCGAUCCUCUACGUGAUGGAGAACGAGGUCGACGCUUUCUGGUGUUUUGUCUCCUUCAUGGAUCAGAUGCAUGAGAACUUUGAGGAGCAGAUGCAGGGCAUGAAGACUCAGCUGAUCCAGCUCAGUACUCUGCUCAGACUGCUGGACUUGGCCUUCUGGAACUACCUCGAGGCUCAGGAUUCUGGUUAUCUAUACUUUUGUUUCCGCUGGUUGUUGAUCAGAUUUAAGAGAGAGCUCAGCUUCCAGGACGUCCUGAGACUCUGGGAGGUGAUGUGGACCGGUCUGCCCUGUCAGAACUUCCACCUGCUGGUCUGCUGCGCCAUCCUGGACUCCGAGAAACAGAAGAUCAUGGAGGAGAACUACGGCUUCAAUGAAAUCCUCAAGCACAUUAAUGAGCUUUCUAUGAAGCUGGACAUCGAAGAGAUUCUUCAAAAGGCAGAAGGCAUCUGUCUGCAGAUAAAGAGCUGUAAGGACCUGCCUCAGUCCAUCAGCUCCAUCCUGGGUCUGGACUUGGAGGAUUGUGGCUCUGACCUGACUCCGUCUGGGCCGGCUCCGGCUCUCAGACCGGCGCAGCGACCAGACGCCUGCUCCAACGGACUCUUGAGACAGACAGCCAGCUCUCACAACGGCUGCAAAGUGGCCUUCAUAUCGUAGUGAACAGAGACUGACUCAAGUGUGUCAGCUGGAGGACGCCACGUCGGCAUGACGACAGGAGGAGGAUGGGGGGACACCACGUCGGC